AUGCAGGUUGGCAUCCUGCUGGGGCCUGCAGAACUUCUGACUGGGAAGAUCCGGCUGUUGCAGGAGCCCCAGGUUGAGCUCCCUCGUUUCAGCGCAGACCUCGUAAGACCGCUUUUUGAACAGCCAAAUCAACAACAGCCAAGAGAGGCCGUUUCAGGAAAGGGAGGCGGUUGUAAAGAGAGUUAUAGAGGAGAUAGAGAUGACCCAGAGAUUGGAGACCAACAAGGUACGAGUGCUGUCCUUGUGGAGCCCCAGAGGAACGGGCAAGACAUCGCUCAUCCGUCAUUUGGCAAAGGUUUCAAUCGACAGUGCGGGCGGCUCUUGGUGUUUGAUGCGAUCAAGAUCGAUGAAGCGAGCGUGCUUGGUGAAGAUGCUGGAGCUCUGGUUUCUUCCAUAGUUUUGUGGCACUGUGAGAUCUUCCAUGGCUCUGUGAAGCUGAGUCCUCGGAGGUGGUGA